AUGCGUGGUAUCAAGGGUCUCGUAUGGGAAGGCUCAGUUUUGGACCCUAUCGAAGGUAUUAGGUUCAGAGGUAGAACUAUUCCAGAUAUUCAAAAGGAAUUACCUAAGGCAGAAGGCGGUGAAGAACCAUUGCCAGAAGCUUUAUUCUGGUUAUUGUUAACUGGUGAGGUUCCAUCUGUUGCUCAGACUAAGGCUUUCUCGGAAGAGUUGGCUGCAAGAUCUGCUUUACCAAAACAUGUUGAGGAAUUGAUUGACAGGUCCCCAUCCCACUUACAUCCUAUGGCUCAAUUUUCUAUUGCAGUCACUGCUUUGGAAUCCGAAUCUCAAUUCGCCAAAGCUUACGCUAAGGGUGUCAAUAAGAAGGAAUACUGGAAGUACACUUACGAAGAUUCCAUUGACUUGUUAGCUAAGUUGCCAAAUAUCGCUGCUAGAAUUUACAGAAACGUUUUUAAGGAUGGUAAAUUGAGUGCUGUUGAUCCAAAAUUAGAUUACGGUGCUAACUUAGCCCACUUAUUGGGUUACGGUGAGAACAAGGAAUUCCUUGAAUUGAUCAGAUUGUAUUUGACCAUCCAUUCUGAUCACGAAGGUGGUAAUGUCUCAGCUCACACUACUCAUUUAGUUGGUUCUGCUUUAUCUUCUCCAUUCUUAUCUUUGGCUGCAGGUUUGAAUGGUUUGGCUGGACCUUUGCACGGUCGUGCUAACCAGGAAGUUUUGGAAUGGUUAUUCAAGAUGAGAGAUGAAUUACAUGGUGAUUAUUCUAAGGAGAACAUUGAAAAGUACUUAUGGGAAACACUUAAUGCUGGACGUGUGGUUCCAGGUUACGGACAUGCCGUGUUGAGAAAGACUGAUCCUCGUUACACCGCUCAAAGAGAGUUUGCUUUGAAACACAUGCCAAACUACGAAUUGUUCAAGUUGGUUUCCAACAUUUAUGAAGUCGCUCCUGGUGUUUUGACUAAGCACGGUAAGACCAAGAACCCAUGGCCAAAUGUGGAUUCCCACUCUGGUGUCUUGUUACAAUACUACGGCUUGACUGAGCAAUCAUUUUACACUGUUUUGUUUGGUGUUGCUAGAGCUUUUGGUGUCUUGCCUCAAUUGAUCUUGGACCGUGGUCUUGGUAUGCCAAUUGAGAGACCAAAGUCAUUCUCUACCGACAAGUACAUUGAAUUGGUCAAGAGCAUCAAGUCUUAA